ACGGAUCGCGAGCACGGAGGCGAGAGCGAACGGGCUAGUCGCGCGAUCGGUGUGUUUCGUGUGCAUGUACGUGUGCCUCCAGCGGUGUCCCCGUCGACCACGGGCUUGUCCGUUGUUCCCGCGUUGUUGCUUUGCCGCGAGCAGCAGCUCGGGCCGAGCUCGAAUUUUCCUCGGGUUUUCCGGCCCGUUUUUCGCGAUUUUCCCGACUGAGAGAGGGCCCGCGCGAGGUGAAAGGUCCAGUGGUCACGCGCCUAGUGGAACGUGCGUGGUGUCCGUCUCCGUGUGCAGCUCUGUGCAGAAGAAUGCGGUAGGAUGCGUAUCCAGGAAAGAUGCUUCCUGCUGGCGGCGGCGGGACUCUGCCUCCUAGGCGGGGUCGCCUACUCCUUGACGAUCGCCGAGACGCGGCUCACCACGACGUCCGGUAUCAGUGACGAAGAUACCGCCGGAGCCGCGCAGUCUCCGUGGACGGAAGCGCGAAAUGACACGGCGGAAUCGAAAAGCGCAUAUCCGACGAAAGAGGCCGAUAUCAAGGCCACGACAGAGGCGAAGAAGAAGCCGGUAGUGGAUUUCAAGGUCAAAAGCGAUCAGAAGUACCAGAAACCCAUUAUCAAGGACGAUGACGCGAAGAGACCCGUGGAGGUCGACGCGUCGAUGACGUUGCCGGCUUCGCCCACGACGUCUCCGAUGAAGCCCGAUCAUUCCUCGGCGACGACCAAACCCAUGGAUGCGGCGGAUGUAACGAUCCCAUUUCUUCUUCACGGAGAGCCGAUCGUCGGGAUCACCGCGACGACGCCAACGACGAGCACUCCUGCCAUCCAGGACACGAUGAGCAGCACGGAGGAGAUGCGAGUGACGGAGGAAACGACGUCGUCGAGAGGCAGAGCCUUGAACAUCUCCGCUCCGGAGCCAACGAACUCGUUGCACGCUAAUAUUACAGAUCUCAGUGACGUCAGUAUGGACGACGACGAUAAGGAAGUGGAAGGCGGAGAAUACGUUGCGUCUCACAACGAAACCGUCAAUAUCACCUCGACAUUGCUGCCGAAGAUGCCAGUGUGCGUUUACGGGAAUCGCACCUAUUCAUUGGGCGAGAAAGUCGUGCGUGAUUGCGAGGAGAAGUGCGUGUGCUCGGAAGGUGGCAUCACGAAUUGCCAGCCGCUGUGCGUGCAUCCUUACGUCAGAGCGGGUAGGGGAGUCGAGGAUCCGCUGUGCCAGGAGAAGACGGCCACCGAGGAGCCGUGUUGCGCCGUGAUCCUCUGUGCCGCGGAUUCCGCUCCCGAGCCCGAGGAGACGUGCGUGUUCGGCAACCAAACGGUAGCCAGAGGGCAUCGUGUCGAUGACGGCUGCUCCAGGACGUGCGUCUGCGAAGCCGGCGGCCACUUAAAAUGCCAAGCCAGGUGUCCGCCGAACGAGACUACUUCCAUAGCCAAUCAACACGAUCGCUGCGUCGCUCUAGCCGAUCCCAGGGACUCCUGUUGCACCAUCACGCUCUGCGACGUCACCUUAGGCGAUCACGAGAUCAAAGCCGAGAAUUCCACGGACCUGAGUGUGCACUUGAUGGACGUGAAGGUGUUGAAUUCAACGGCGAUCAAGCUGAAACUGUCAGCCAAGAAUCCCCAGGACGUCACCAUAGAGAUCUCGGAGAAUAAUCACGUGUGGAGGCAACAGAAACCCGACAAAGAUGGUGUCGUCUCGACGUUGGAACCCGCGCACACGUAUUACGUUCGCGUGGCGGAAGGAAGCCGCACUGGUCCAGCCAUUCAGGUAUUUCUGCCGGCCGAAGUGGUGAAGGUGGCAAAUAUUACGGAGAAAAUGUCCGACAAAAACUCCUGCAACUACAGAGGGAAGUCCUACAAGGUCGGCGCGGGCUGGUACGACGAGUGCGUACACUUCUGCAACUGCAAAGAAGGCGGCAAGCCCGAAUGCAACACAAUAGAGUGCUCCACGGACUUCGAGCUGGACACGUUGAAUUCGCAUUGUGUGGAUUGGGAGACUGUCCCCGCGGACUUCGUCCCGAAAGCACCGAACUGUUGUCCUCCGGAAGUGCGCUGUAGAAAUAACGGCUCCUGCAUCUACGAAGAUGUCGUGUACGAUAACUGGAGCAGGUUGCCGAUGAACGUCACCGGCUGCGAGAACGAUUGCUUCUGCGAGAUGGGCAACGUGUCUUGCCGCGCGGCUUGCAACCCGGUACCAGCCUUGCCGCCUGCCAACUUGCUGUGUCCCUAUCAGGCAACGUUGACGAGUCAGCCUGAAAACCCGUGUUGCCUGCAGUGGACCUGCGCCUCUCCAUCGGCACACCUACCAGGAAUGAACGUGACGACCGCGUAUCCCGGCCCCUUAGCCACAGACACGUUCGAUCGGCAAACGAUUGACAAUAGCAAAAGACCGAAUAACAAGUCGGAAACGCUCAAGCCCAGCCAGGAACCGGAGCGUGGCGCUCCCUCCUUGUGGGAAGAUCCAAAAACCUAUAAGACCCAACCAGACGCCACUACUCACGGACUCCCUCAUUAUCCCAUGGACCCAGGACAUCCCACAGUGCCUUACAACGGACCCUACAGUCCCGAUUACGUGCCCACACAUCCCACCGUGGAGAACGUCUUUCACUUGGCCGGCCAUCCCGAAAAGCCGAUGCCGACCCCGAAAGAAAAGUCCAAGUCGAAAUCCGACAGCAAGAAGCCCGUAGAGCCGGUAAAGCCUCACAAGGACAUGAUCGAUCAGUAUUUCCCCGGCCCGUUAGCGCCCAAUAGGUUCCCCGACAAAGCCACUUCUACGUCCUCGUACUCUGUCCACGAGAACCAGCACGUUCCAGGCCCGAACAAGCUGCCCCCUCAACAGAAGGGCCAUCUGAUCGAUCAACCUCAGUUCAUUCCGUUGAAUCUUCACCCGGACAUAUCAGGCCCGGACUUCCCUUACGUUUCGAACGGCCCCAAAGGGAGCGUUCCUCCAGCCAGCUUCAAUGGCCGCCUCGAUCAUUCGGCCGGACCUCCUUAUCGGGACCCAGUUCCAGUUGUCAAGCCCGACAAGAUCGACCCGAACAUAAUCAUCCCGGCGAUCCCGAAAAAGAAACCCCCGUUGGGCGAUCCCUUCGCCGACGCGGACAAAUCGAAAGCGUCGUCCCCGCCGAUAUUACCGGGUCGACCAAAACAGGGUCAGAGAAAUCCCGAUCAGGAGCUCUCGUCGGAGCAACUGUACCAUCUGAUAAACCUACAGCACCCGGGUCUGAUUCAGCUCGAUCAGGCGCCCCCUCAAGCCCACCCGGGCCUGUACGACCUUCACCAGCAGAUCUCCGGUCAGAAACAGCCGCCCAUUGACCGCGGGCAGUCCGAUUACUUCGGGACGUCGCCCUCCGCGCCGAAGAAGGCGAUCAAGCCCCAUAUUUUCGCGCAAAAGAACGAGAACGGGCAGACCACCUAUCACAUCCACACGCCCGAAAUCCCGAACACUCCGCAACAGAUCGAGGAGCUGUUGGCACACAUCAGCCAGCACGAUUCCAAUCCCGGAUCCUUCCAAAACUAUCCCGGACAACCGGCCAUACCUCAUAACGUACCGAACGGCCCGCCGGCCACUCUACCGCUUCACAUAGACGCUCACAUACCACAUUCAGGACUCACGCAUUUGAACCAUCCGUUCGCAGCACAAACGCCAAACCAGUCAGGUCUGGACCAUAACAUUGUACCUCCAGGCUUCCCAUUACCCGGAAGUAUAUCCGGAUUCCCGGCUGCGCCGCCCUCCAACGAGAUCACCGUGCAAAUACUGGAGGCGCUGGAUGAGCACACAGUUCGGCUGGUGUUUACCGUGCCUCAGCUCCUGGUGGGACUGCACGGCCGAGUCGAGUUGCGAUACACCAGCGACAAGACGAAUUUCGACCCGUCCAUGUGGAAGCUGCAGAUGUUCGCGCCGCCUCAGGAUCUGAUCGCGACGCAGCAGCUCGAGUUCGAGCUGGGCGAUCUGCAGCCGAUGACCGAGUACAAGGUGAAGAUCACGGUGAAGCUGAACGGUCUGGACAACAACCCGAGCAGCAAGAUCUACAGCGUGCGCACUCUGGAGAAACGCGCGGACGAGGCGACCCUGCCUCCGCAGAUCCCGGUCGACGCCGAGCUCCGCGCGAUGGAGACGAACUCGAGCUGGGUCGGCAUCAUGUGGAAGAAGUUCUCGGAUUACGAGCUGCAGUUCAUAGACGGUGUGCAGCUCAGGUACAAGGAGCACGACGGUAAGGUUUACGCGGCGACACCGCUGAUCCACCGUUCCGUCACGAAUUACGUGAUCGAGAACCUGAAGCCGGCCACCAAGUACGAAGUCGGUAUCUACUUCAUACCGUUUGCGGGGCAAACAACGGAACUGAUCAGCGAGAAAACGAUCGAAGUAAUCACAUCUAUGGAGCCCGAUCCCUAUUCUUUCGACGUGAAAGUCGAGAUCAAAACAAUCAAGUCGACGGACGUGGAAGUGGCAUGGAGCGGUGUGCCUUACCCGGAGGACAAAUACGUGAACAUCUACCGAGCGAUUUAUCAGAGCGACACCGGCAAGGAAGACACCAGCACCUUCAAGAUCGCCAAGAGAGAUUCUCACGCUAAGACCGUGAUCAGCGAUCUGAAGCCCGGCACCAGAUACCGAUUGUGGCUCGAAAUAUACUUGACGAAUGGAAGGAUUAAAAAGAGCAACGUUCAAGACUUCGUCACUAAACCAGGUGUCCUCUUACCGGCCACCGUGUCCCAACAAGCCGGGAAACUCGCGUCGCUCCCUCUUCACGAAGGGGACUACUACGGUCCUCUGGUGAUAGUAGCCAUCGUGGCCUCUUUGGCGAUACUAUCGACUCUGAUCCUGCUGAUGAUGUUGAUGAAGAGACGGAGCAGCAGCAAGGCCGACAUAUCACCCCGUAAAACGACGUCGGCGUACGACAAUCCAUCCUACAAGACCUGUGAGGAUGCGGUCACGAUAUCCAACGGGAGGAACAAAACCACGACCGACCACGAGAUGACCACCAUCAAUUCGAAUGCCAAGGAAACCGCUUAAAGCUCUAUAAUUUAUUAAAUCUAUAUUUAUUUAUAUAUCACGCCGCGCUCGCGCGGCGAGAACCCGCGAGGAUCCGUUUAAUAAGUCCGUCCAUAUACGUAUGACAAUGUAUUGUACGUAUUAUAUGCUAGAAGAAGAGACACUGCCGAUCGAUCAAUUAACAGUCACACACACUUAUGUCAGGAAUAAUCACGAAGUGUUGUCGAA